CAGGCGUAGUGCUCUUCUUCAUUGUUGCUAUUGUAUCAAAGCCGACGGGUAUCUUUUUUGCGGACACCUUUUUCUGCCUGCUUUUUCCCUCCGGGCCGGAGCUGACUCCAGCGCGGGCAGGAUGCCGAUUAACAAAUUGGAGAAGCCUGACAAACCAGACAACUCUGACAAUGUGAAGGUCGUUGUUCGCUGCCGGCCUUUCAAUGAACGAGAGAAAGUGAUGUCUUACAAGAUGUCCGUUAGUGUGGAUGAGAUGAGAGGCACCAUUACAGUGCAUAAAACAGAUUCUUCCAAUGAACCUCCCAAGACAUUUACGUUUGAUACUGUUUUUGGGCCAGAGAGCAAACAGCUUGAUGUGUAUAACUUAACAGCAAGACCAAUUAUAGACUCUGUUCUGGAAGGAUAUAAUGGUACUAUUUUUGCUUAUGGGCAGACUGGAACAGGAAAAACCUUUACUAUGGAAGGUGUCCGUGCCGUGCCAGAACUCAGGGGGAUCAUUCCAAAUUCCUUUGCUCAUAUAUUUGGGCACAUUGCAAAGGCAGAAGGAGAUACAAGGUUUUUGGUUCGAGUCUCUUACUUGGAAAUUUACAAUGAGGAAGUGCGUGACCUGCUGGGGAAGGAUCAGACACAGAGGCUGGAAGUUAAAGAACGGCCUGAUGUGGGUGUCUACAUCAAAGAUCUUUCAGCUUAUGUUGUAAACAAUGCUGAUGAUAUGGAUAGAAUUAUGACACUUGGACACAAAAACCGUUCUGUUGGUGCUACUAAUAUGAAUGAACACAGUUCCCGUUCCCACGCUAUCUUUACAAUCACAAUUGAGUGCAGCGAGAAGGGCAUUGAUGGGAAUAUACAUGUGCGCAUGGGAAAACUUCAUCUAGUAGAUCUUGCGGGAUCAGAAAGGCAAGCAAAAACUGGAGCCACUGGGCAGCGACUGAAGGAAGCUACAAAAAUUAAUCUUUCUCUCUCCACCCUUGGGAAUGUGAUUUCUGCUUUGGUGGAUGGAAAGAGCACUCACGUGCCGUACCGUAACUCUAAAUUGACCCGACUGUUACAAGAUUCUCUUGGGGGUAACUCCAAAACCAUGAUGUGUGCAAACAUUGGCCCUGCAGACUACAAUUAUGAUGAGACUAUUAGCACUCUACGAUAUGCCAACCGUGCCAAGAAUAUCAAGAACAAGGCUAGAAUCAAUGAAGACCCUAAAGAUGCCUUGCUUCGCCAGUUUCAAAAAGAAAUUGAGGAGCUUAAGAAAAAGUUGGAGGAAGGGGAAGAGAUCUCGGGCUCUGAGUCAAGUGGCUCUGAAGAUGAUGAUGAAGAUGACGAUGGGGAGAUUGGAGAGGAUGGAGAAAAGAGAAAGAAACGAAGGGGCAGUAGCAGCAGCAGUAGCUCAGACUCCACAUGCUCUGUCAUAGAGAAACCUCUGGAUAAAUCCUUCACUAAUCAAGCAGGAAAGAAGAAAGUUUCCCCUGACAAGAUGAUGGAGAUGCAAUUGAAGAUUGAGGAAGAGAGGAAAGCCCUUGAAACAAAGCUUGACAUGGAAGAGGAAGAACGAAACAAAGCCAGGGCUGAACUUGAGAAACGAGAGAAGGAUCUCCUCAAAGCACAGCAAGAACAUCAGUCUCUCCUGGAGAAGUUGUCAGCCCUGGAGAAGAAAGUGAUAGUAGGAGGUGUUGAUUUGCUGGCAAAAGCAGAGGAACAGGAGAAGCUUUUAGAAGAAUCCAACAUGGAGCUUGAGGAACGAAGAAGAAGAGCAGAGCAACUCCGUAAGGAGCUUGAGGAGAAAGAGCAAGAGCGCUUGGAUAUAGAGGAGAAGUACACCAGCCUUCAGGAGGAAGCACAAGGGAAAACCAAGAAGUUGAAGAAAGUCUGGACAAUGCUGAUGGCUGCAAAGUCAGAGAUGGCAGAUCUGCAACAGGAACAUCAGAGGGAAAUUGAAGGCUUACUGGAAAACAUUCGACAGCUCAGCAGGGAGCUUCGUCUUCAAAUGCUCAUCAUAGACAACUUUAUACCUCAAGACUAUCAGGAAAUGAUUGAAAACUAUGUUCACUGGAAUGAAGACAUUGGAGAAUGGCAGCUGAAAUGUGUGGCAUACACUGGAAAUAACAUGAGAAAACAGACUCCUGUGCCAGAUAAAAAAGAAAAAGAUCCCUUUGAGGUGGACCUUUCCCAUGUUUAUCUAGCUUACACUGAAGAAAGCUUGAGACAGUCUCUGAUGAAGCUUGAGAGACCAAGAACUUCAAAAGGAAGAUCGAGGCCCAAAACUGGCAGGAGAAAACGUUCGGCAAAGUCAGGAGCUGUAAUUGAUUCAUUGCUUCAGUAAAGAUGAUGGGAUUGCAAUAAAGAUCAGUAUGUGGCUUCAUACUUGGCCAAAAUCUACAGAUCCUUAUCUCUGGAGAUCAUUGAGGAGCUUCAGGUUGUGUUGACGCAGAAGUAGCUAUGAAGGCCUGCAUUUGUCACAUGGAUACAACACAACACAUCUACCCUUACGUCCUUUGUUAUCCUAACAUAAUACAUUCAUUCUAAGCUGUAUGGUGACUGUGAGCUUGUCAUUGUGACUGAUGCUACUCCAGAUAUUGUGCAAGAGAAUCUACUGGGAGGUAACCUGUAUUAAAAUGAAGUGUAUGGGGGGAAGCCUUUUUGUGAGUGACUGUUUUAAUCACAUGAGCCUUUUAAGUAGACCAAUGGAACAUCACAUCCUGAGAGUCCUGUCUUGCUUUGUAUUUUGCCUCUUGUAUUCUGUGUGGCACUGGUCCUGACUUCACUCUUUUUUUAAGAGUGGUAAUUGCAGAUUUGUGGAAUUCUCUGAAUUCCCUAACCAUCUUCCACAAAUACCUAUAUAAGUAACUUUUCAAUCCUUUAGCAUAAGACUAUCGCUAUGCACAGACUUUGGCAUAGAUCUCCCAGAAAAUUUAUGCUUUUGGAAGGGAUUUCUAUUCAUGGCUUGUGACUUCUCUGUCUCUCCUCUCUUGCUGCAGCCCAAAAUGCUCCCUGGAAUGCUGCUCUUGGGGCAGUGGGAAUCCCCAGGAAUAGCACAUGGUGGUUCCCCUAGCUUACUUGCAUGAAAAUGGAUCCAGGCCUUCAUACUGUUGUACAUUUUGGGGGGUCUGGGCUGGCCCAUGUCCAGACGUCAGGUACUGACUUGGAUAUAGUUUUAAAUAUAUGGGUUUUUUCAAAGAGGCCAAUGCUUGAUGAUGGGAACAAUCUAUUCAUCAUUUCGACUGUAUAACUUCCAUUCAUUUAUGGUCCAAAAUGUUCCCAUUAAGGUUGUACGGGAGCAGUAUGUUGUUUGGGUUCAUUGUUCCCAUCUUCUGGUUAAAUACAUUUUUACUUCAGCAGACUACAAGUGUUAUUUUUUUACAGGGAUGAGGAGGAAGAUUUUUGUUCUCAGCAGGCUCCUAAUUCCAUGCUAAAAGACACCAAGAAGGAGUCCUGUUCAGUUUUGCCUUGAGGCUCUGUUCAUGUUACAUAGAGGCAGACAGAGAAGUCAUGUAAGUAACUUCUGUUUCCUGAGAGGAAUUUGGCAAAACCUGCUUAUAGUGGGACCAAGGAGUCCCAAUGACAUCUGAGUACUGUGAUCAACACUCGUUCUUUUCCCCUCCGCCUAUAGGUUGUUGUUAACCAGCUUUCUGAGACUUCUUUUGACUAGAAAUUAAUUUUUUCACUGUUGAACAUGUCAAAAUCUGGGUAACUAAAAUAAGUUUCACCUGGCUUUCCAUGAGAGCACGUGCUGUUGUGGUUGGCUGUGGCUUAUUAUUUGGCACUUGAGUCUUGCAAAUGAAAUGCUGUCAAUUUGUAGGAAGCUCAAAAGAGUAUUUUUAAAGGUACUGCCAUUUUAGAACAAACACUUGGUUCUUUUGACAUUUAAAACAUCAAAUCAGCUAUUUGACUGGGAACACUGCGCUUGGAACAGUUCUUAACAAGCACACUGUAAUUUCCUUCCAUUGCAUAGUUUCAGUGGUGGAAUGAUAGCAUCUCCCCAAGACGUCAAGAACUUUGCCUUAUGUGCUGCAUCAGGGCAAUUUAUGAAACAAGCGGUGGGAUUGCACUAGUGAGGCAGCUUGAUGCAUUGGUGCUCUCUCAUUGGUAGCAUUUCCCUUUUCCACUUCAGUGUGCUUCUUCACUCAUCCUUCUACCCGUUUACGGGCUAACCUGCUUAUUUUCCAAACCUAUUUACAUAUGCUCUUUUUGUUUCACGUACAUGAUGUGGUGAUUGAAAUGCACUCUAAUGUUUAAAUUGGCUAUGUGACUUGAAUUGUAGUUGGUGGGAUGUUAAGUGUUCCAAACAAAAGGGGAUGCAGUUACACUGUGGAAAAGAUUAAAUUAAUUUGCUUGUGUCUUGGUCAUUGUUGCUUGUAUAAAUACAAUAACUUCAGCUAGGGAACAUUUGAAUGCAUAUGUGAAGCAUGUAUAUGGUCAGAUUGAUCAGUGGAUUAUAAUUCAGGUUUGCUGCUGCCCUUUCUGUUGAGAUUUAGGGGUAGGGGUAGCUUUGAAGUUCACCAUUGGGUCUGCACCAAAAAUCUGCUGUACUGUGGGUUGAAGAGAAGCUUACAACUUGUAUAUCUUGUGGUACCUGGUCAUAAAACUACUAAACAAUUAAUUAAAUGUCUGUUUUUUAAAAA